AUGUCGUCCGAUGAGGCUGUUCGUGAAGAUACGUCUUUGACUUCGCCCUUGAACGAUUCCAGCAAUAGAGGUAAACUGGCGUUUUCUCCUCUGUCUCUUUCAUCUGCUCGUCGCCACACUCGAUCCACAAAUGAAGAAUCCACCAGUCGUCGCCGUCGCAGGCAUUCUUCCUCAUCUCGUUCAAUGUCUCCCAUUGUAACCAAGCGAUUCAGAAAUGUCAGACGCGGAAAUGGGACACUCGUCUCGAAGGAGUACGCUAAACGGUCACAACAGUCUUCUUCGCGUUCUGUUUCUCCAUUAAAGACACCUGAAGAUACCGAAAAAUCGGCAGUAAAUGAUGAAAUGCUGAAAGACAAAAUGGCAGCUUCUUAUCGAGAUAUCAACAUUUUUGGGAAGACUGGUGGUGCCUACAUCCCUCCUGCGCGUCUACGCCAAAUGCAGGCAAAAAUAACUGACAAGUCUUCGGAGGCCUAUCAACGCAUCGCUUGGGAAGCUCUCAAAAAAUCUAUCCAUGGCCUCAUUAACAAAGUCAAUAUCUCUAACAUUGCUCAGGUCGUGCGUCAGCUUCUCUCUGAGAACAUUGUUCGUGGUCGAGGUCUGCUAGUUAAGUCUCUAAUCACUUCUCAAAUGGCGUCGCCAACUUUCACCCACAUUUUUGCUGCUUUAAUAGCUGUUGUUAACACCAAGCUUCCCCAGGUUGGAGAGCUGCUUUUGAAGCGACUGAUAACCGAGUUCCGGAAAGCCUUCCGUCGAAAUCAGAAGGAUCGUUGCCUGACGACAGCUAGGUUUCUCGCCCACUUAGUGAACCAGAAGGUGGCUGAUGAAUUGAUAGUGUUAGAGCUGCUUACCCUCCUUUUGGAGCAGACCACGGACGACAGUGUCGAGGUAUCUGUGGCACUGUUGAAGGAGUGUGGUGCCUUUCUCUCGCGUGCGGCACCCAAGGGUCUGGCCGGGAUUUUUGAUCACCUAAGGCGCAUUCUAAAUGAGAGUCAGUGUGACAAACGUAUUGCUUAUAUGAUUGAAGUCCUCUUCCAGAUCCGUCGUGACGGUUGGAGAGACCAUCCCACAGUGCUACCAGAGUUGGAUCUGAUAGAAGAGGAUGAUCAGAUUACCCACACGCUCUCUCUUCUCGAUCAGGUGGAUCCCGAAGACGGUUUGAACAUCUACCGCUUUGAUCCGGACUAUGAGGCCAACGAGAAGAAAUAUGCGGUCAUCCGUGCCUCCUUCCUUGGCGACAACAAUGAUGAAGACGUCAGCUCCGGUUCCGAGUCAAAUGACGAAGAGGGCGAAGAAGAAAACGACGUUCAAGGUCCCGGUGAGCAGGAAGGCGGCAUGAUCAUCGACCAGACCGAGACCAAUCUCGUUCAUCUGCGUCGCACCAUUUACCUCAUGCUCCAGUCCUCCAUCUCUGCCGACGAGGGUGCACAUCGCCUGCUGCAGCUGAAAAUCAAGCCAGGCGAGGAGUAUGAGGUUGCCUCUAUGGUGCUCGACUGCUGCGCUCAGACACGCUCCUACGAGACACGCUAUGGCAGUCUUGCACAGCGUCUCUGUCGUGUGAUGCUCUUCUCCAGUGACAAACCCAAACCUGGGGAGCAGAAGACGGGUUCUGAGAUGUCAUCGGAGCCUCCGCGAACCUACGUGGCACAGUUUGAGAAGAUUUUUGGCGAGCAGUAUGCCACUAUUCAUCGGUUGGAGACGGCAAAGUUGAAAAAUGUUGCUAUGUUCUUCGCACACCUCCUUUUCACUGAUUCAAUCUCCUGGGGCGUGUUGGAGUGUGUGAAAUUGAAUGAGCGAGACACCUCAUCAUCGGGGAGAAUAUUUCUCAAGUACCUGUUUCAGGAGCUCUGCUCUUUCAUGGGACUGGCAAAGUUGCAGGUACGAUUGAGGGAUGAGACUCUACAACCCUUUUUUGCUCAUCUGCUACCUAGGGACAACCCAAAGGAUACGCGAUUUGCCAUCAACUUUCUUACCACGAUUGGUUUGGGUGGAUUGACAGUUGAUUUGAGGGAGCAUUUGCAGUCAACAAGAGCAGUUGGAGAGAAGGUGAAAUUGGCUGAGGCUGCGGAAGAGCUUUACAGUUCAAGCUCCUGCUCUUCGUCGUCUGAUUCUUCCAGUUCUUCCUGCGAUUCAUCAGACUCCUCGUCGUCGUCUUCCCCCUCCUCCUCCUCGUCUUCAAGCGAAAGCGACGAGUCGGAGGAUAAAAAGUUGCGAAAGAAGGUGGAGAAGGUGAAGAGAAAGGUGGAACGAAGAGAACCGAAAGGACAUCGUCAUCGCACAGCCUCACCAAAGUCACGUGACAGAAGUAGUAGGAGGGACGAAACCACCGGCAGUGAUAGGGAUGAUGUCGCUGCCAAAAAAUCGGGAGGAGAUCGUAAAAAGUCACUGAAGGAUCACGCUGAAAGACGAAGAGGGUCUCUUUCACCACAAGUACUACCACAUCGCCGUGAUUCUCUGCACCCACCAGAGGCAGGGGAAAAGAGAGGCGGACGAUGCAAUAGAAAUACAUCUCCACCCAUCGACCAUUACCGCCUCAGUCGCCACGAUAAUUCUCCGUUGAAGGCUUUAGAAGAAAAAGACACACUUCCAAGGUACCAAAGACGAGAGUCCUCCCCCAAUGUGGAUAAGCGACGUCGAUACAACUCCCCAUCUCCGGCAUCAAAGUAUCGUCAUCCCUCGCCGCCGUCACCUCCGCUUCUUCACCCCAAUGACAACUCUCCUCCCGGAUGCCGAAAUGCCAAUCGUCCGCUCUCCCCUUCGCCCCGACGCAGUCGCUUCGUGUCACCACCGCCUUCACGACGACAACGCGAGGACGACUCGGGAGAGGAAAGACGGAGGCAACGUCAACGCCGAAAAGAGGGCAGACCGGAAAAGGAGGGAGAGGAACGGAGGCUGCGGCGUCGUAGAUCGGGUGAAGGACAAAAUCGAUCAGUUUCCAGGACGCGGGGUGAGAGGAUGCUGCGAAAUGUUUCUCCACCGUCGUCUGUGCACAAUCGAUCGCCGUUUCAAGGGCGGGAGGAAAGGCAGUCACCCAUUCCUUUUUGCUAA